GACGUGUGAACGGGCGCUGCGGACUACCUCAGAGACGAGGCCGCCGUUGGACUGCAACUCCCCUCACCAUCGUCCCUUCUCCCAGAGUCUCUGGGAGGAGGAGGAGGAGUGGCCUCGGCCGCCCACGCACCGUAACCCUUCCUGACGCGCAUGCGCAGCCCCGCCCCUUCACUCCACACGCCGGAAGUAGCCCUGCCGCGGGACGCUCUAGGCCUCACGCCUCUAUGCUCCCACUGGGCAAUAAAAGGAGGUGACGCAACGUGUAGGCAGCAGUCCGCGUGGGAGAGGAAGCUGGAAAUGGCAGACAUCGUGGAUGAUGAUCCGGACGCAUGUAGCUUUCAACUCUUGGGUUCACCGAAGAAGAAAAAGAAGAAGAAAAACAAGUCAGAAAAGCUCAAUGGGAAGACGAAUGAGCAGAAGCAGAAAUCCACAGGAGAUGAUUUAUGCGCAGGUAGCUUUCAGCUCUUGGGUUCACCAAAGAAGAAGAAGAGAAAGAAGAACAACAAGUCAGAGGAGCUUAAUGGGGAGGCGAACGAACAGUCAGUGAAUCCUUUUUUUCAUCCGUCUUUCUCUCCUGACUCAUCCUCUGUUUUCUCUGAGUAUGUUGAGGGUCAGGAUACAAAUUACUGUCAGACUGAACAGCAGAAACCCAAAAGGAGGAAAAAAGACACAAGGGAGACUCCUGACUCCGAAAUGGAAAAGUCUUGGGUCGUACCAGAGAGCAACCCGGACGAUGAGGUUGAAAGAGUUGCAGUGAAAAAGAAGAAAAAGAGAAAGCACAGGUCCAGUGAGCAAGAUACGGACAACGACUUUUAUGUCCCCGAGACUCCAGAAGAAGCCAGCAAUCUGCUUGAAGCAGGUCAGUUGGAAGCGGUGGAUAUCAGUUGUGCAAUCACUCCCAAGAAAAAGAAGAAGAAGUUAGCAAAGGUAUUGUCAGGAGAGCAGGUUGAAGCCAGCGAAGCCUCUGUUGCUGGGACUGACUUUGCCAGUGAUUCAGAGAACACACAGGAGUAUCUUUUUGUAUCCCCUUCUCAGACACCCUCAAAAACUCAAGGUGCAGGUUUUUUGCAGACUAAGACAAGGCAAAAGGUGUCAGUUCCAGGCCCUUCGGCUAAACUGAGCAGCCACUCUGCUCAAAAGAAGCCAUGCAAGCGUAGAAAAUAUCCCAGUGUAUCUUGCCUCGCUGGUAAUUCAGAUGCUACCGAAGAUGGUUGCUCAGUGAAAGACGCUGAGGAGGUGGAUGGAAAACAUGACAAGUCGGAACAAGACCAUAUACUGCAAAAAUCCACUUCAAGUGUGCAUACAGAUGAGAAAGGAUCAUCUUCUCCCAAGAGUCCAAAUUCUGAACUUGUUACUUUGGACAAUGAGUUUCUAGACUCCCCAGGCUUCCAAAUGCAAGAUUUGGAGUCCGUCACCCGGCAGCUGGAGGAGUUCAUCCCACAUGUGAGGAAACUCUCAGAUUCCCUAAUCAAGCAACUGGCCUUAAGAGACCUGGUCAGAUUUAAAAAUUUUAAGAAACAAGGGAUCUCAGUGAAAUUUGGCAAGUUCUCCAAGAAAGAAAAUAAUUUGCUGAGGAAAAAUGUAAAGGCCUUCUUGGAAGAGAGUGGAAUAGACAGUGCAGAAAAACUCUUGUUUACGGACAGAUUUCCUGAAGAGCAAGCCGACCUCAAGAAACUGAAACGUGAACAUUUGUUUGGCUUAAAGAUUGCUCAAGGCAUUCCACGGCCCUGGAGACUUGUCUAUUACCGAGCGAGGAAAAUGUUUGACCCUCAGAAUUAUAAUGGAAAGUAUUCUAAGAAAGAAAAGAAAAAGCUCAGAAAGUAUCAAACCCUAUAUGGCAACAACUGGAAGAAGAUGUCAGAGCUGAUGGGUCGAAGCAGCCACUCACUCCAGCUGAAGUAUUAUGAUGUGAAUUCCAGGUCAGAAUUUAAUUCCGGUGCUUGGAGUAGAGAAGAGACCAAGAAAUUGCUUGACACGCUGAAGGAGAUCCUGAAGGCUAAAGUUGAAGGCCUGGACUCCACCCGGAAGCCAAAGAAUAUGGAUCAAGCAAUGUUGCUCCGUGAAAACCUCUACAAGGACAUCCCAUGGUUUCGGGUUGAAGCCAAAGUGAAAACCAGAGGCUGGAAACAGUGUAAAAAGAAGUGGAUGUCCAUUGUGACCAAGAAGAUGUCCCGAGGGAAGACGAGGAAUCGUGGCCUUGAAAACCUGAAGUUCAAAAUCGAUGUCAUUGAAAGGCUGUAUGAACUAGAUGUUGAGGAUACAGAUGACAUCGACUGGGAGGACCUCUCUCGCAUCAUAGGGAAUGUCCCUCCAGACUAUGUGAGAAACAGAUUUUACAAAAUCAAGAGUAUGUACGUCCCUUAUUGGACCACAAAGACCUUCCCUGAAACUAUUGACUACCUCCACAAAGAGAUACUGCCGAAGUUAAGAUCCAGAGUGGCAGGAAAGGAGACAAAAGAAGUAGCAACGGACGACAUGAGCUGGAAAAGAGCCUUCAAGUUCAAUGAGAUUUUUCAGGAUGAUGAUGACUUAAUUGAUGAUGAAGAGGAGGAGGAGGAGGAAGAAGAGGAGGAGGAGUAGAAGGGGAGGAACCAUUGAGAGAAGGCACCGGUGAAUGAUGCAAUUCAGAAGAACUCUGUGAGUUCGUGAUAUGCUUAAAAUAUUGCCCCUGAGGCAAAAGUAAACUCUUUAGUGAAAAGAAGUAACUGUGUUUAUAUUUUUAUAAAUUAAUAUGUGGCUGUUGCUACUUCAUAUAUUUUGUCAUAAGAGAUGUGGGAUGGAAGAGGCUAUUGGGUUUCUGUUAUUGGAAAUGUCUCAGCAAAGAGCCCUCCCCAGUUCACAUACAACUCCUUUGCUGUCUCUGUAUAGCACAGGAGGGGUCGAACUUUUGGGAUUGUCCCUAUAAAAAUUGUAAAACCUUGCCCCAAUAAAAUUGUAAAAAGUUGGGGGCUUGCCUCCCAAGGCUCCCCAAGGCCUCCAAGGGUGUGUUAAGAGCAAUUUGACACUGCUUUGUGUGCUAUAAACCAUUGGUGGACAUUAUAAAAAACAUGCUAAAAUGGGGAAAAUUUGGGGUGGGUUCUUUUUUUUUCCUCUAAAGGAAAUGGAAGCGACUGCAGCCCACAAAUGUGGUACCAGGAGCAGAGCAUGGCCCAUGGGCCAAAUAUUCCCUCCCCACUUUGGCACAGAGCAAUGGUGUUCCCUUGCGUUCCAUGUGCUCCAUCACCUCUGAACACAGUUGGAAGAUGGAACUUGUAGACCAGCUGCAGAUUGCCUAUUCCCCUUCACCUUGGGGAGAGCACUUGUUGGAUUGGGCAGGGCUGGGCGUUUUUCUCUGGGCUCAGGCUCUCACUUAAACCAAAGGUGGGUUUUUGGACUUCAGCUCCCAUCAGGCCUUGGUGAGGAAUGCUCAGAGUUGCAGUCUGCAACAUGUGGCAUUCUGUUUCAGAACUAGUUGAACAAGGCAUUGGGAAUAUUCAGAUCUGGCCAGCCUUCUCCCAAGAAGAAGGGUGACUUUGCCUUACUUACUUCAUGGCCAUUUGUUUUUCCUCCUGUUAUCUCUCUGCCACACAGCCUAGCCUGGCAGAGUUAUACCUCAGGAUCUUGGUCUACAUCUGGAUUCAACUUCAUGAGCUUCCUGUUGUUUUGUUUACAGGUGUUUAAGAAAUAUGAAUACAUACAUAUAUAGAGAUAAUUGUUUUUUAAAAG